ACUCAGCAAUUUUUCCUGCUCCACUUUUCCUCUCCAUUCGAACAAACAACACGCAAACAUAAACCAAAUGGCAUCCGGUUCUGAACUAUUCAAUAACUACGAACAAGACUUUACUACAUUAACAGAGUCUAUUAAGUCUAAAAUUGAACAGCAAAUUCCCAGUCAAAGUGGAGAGGAGCGAAAAACCACCAUUCGAUCCGUUGAGAGAGAGUUAGAUGAAGCGAAUGAAAUUAUAGGACAAAUGGAAAUGGAGGUCUUGAACGUACCAACACCAUCUCGAACCCGUUUACAAGCAAAACUUCGACUGUAUAAAUCAGAAGCUGAGAAAUUGAAGCGAGAUUUGAGAAGGACAACAGCUAUUAUACCCAAGAAUACAGACCGGGAUGAGUUGUUAGGCGGUAUGAAUGCAAAUGACGAUGAAGAUGGUCUUAUGGACUAUGAUGCGUCAACUAUGGAUCAACGCCAACGUUUGUUAAGCGGAACAGAAAGACUAGGACAGUCGAGUCGUCGCUUAGAAGAUAGUCAUCGGCUUGCGCUAGAAACAGAAGGUAUUGGUAUCAAUAUCUUGAGUACAUUGAAGGGGCAGCGUGAAACUAUGCUUCGGGCCAGAGAUACACUCGCUGAUGCAGAUUCGCAUAUUGAUAAAGCCUCUAGAACAUUGAAAGGGAUGGCUCGUCGAAUGGCUACAAAUAAGCUGAUUACUGCAGCUAUUAUCUUGAUUUUGAUCGUCUUGAUCAUCUUGGUUAUCUAUAGCAAACUCUUCUAAAUAUUAUAUAAUAACUCUAGUCCUCUUAGUAAAGAAAUAUUAUGCAUACCAAACCUAUAAAGCCAUUGUUUUUUGUUUUGUUUUUCUAGACAUGAAUCAAAGUCAUCUUUGAUCAGGUUCAGAUAAAGAACAGUGCUUUCGACCUUCAUUCCCGAUCAGAUCAGGGCUUGGGAACUUUCAAUUCCAACAUCUUUUCGUAAAUGACAAAAAACAGAUGCCUCUUGGUAUUUGAUAUGGUGAUAUAUUUUAUAAAUAAAAAUAAAUAAGGAUAGAUAAAAAAUAUUAAACGAAUAAUUAUUAGUGAGUAUACAUAUAUUCUGACGAGAAAUAAAUAUAAGAUUAGAUUACUACUGAUAGUAACCAUUGUUUUCUUUUUUUUUCUUUUUAAUGAUGUCUGCUAUCACAAUCAGGUUCUUUUUUUUUUUCUUUUUUUUUUUUUUUUUU